CUGCCACGCUUUCAUCUUCGCUUUCUUAGUAGUGAAAAUCAUUUUAGUAAAGGGAUGCUGUCUGGUGCACUUACAUUUAUGACCAACGAGCAGAAAUUGGUUGAUUGCCGUGAUCAACAAGUGUUGAUUUCCGAAUCUCUGACAAACUUCCGUGUUAUUAGUGAUGUCCAAUUUAUCGUUGUUGUGGAAAAAGACGCUAUAUUCCAGAAGUUGAUUGAUGAAGGUUACUUUGCGGCCUUUCCAAAGAGUCUCCUAGUAACAGGAAAAGGAUACCCAGAUAUAUGUACGCGCAAGGUGUUGAGGUGGCUUGUUGAAAAGCUGAAUGUGCCUGUGUACGGUUUAUUUGACAGCGACCCUCAUGGCAUUGAGAUAAUGUUAACUUUCAAAUAUGGCUCCAUAACAGAACGUAGAGAAGGAAGAGGAUGUAAUGUGAAACAAAUCCAGUGGCUGGGACUCAAACCGUCGGAUGUUCCUAGUUUACCCAUUACACGAGAACAAUUUAUACACUUGACCAAUCGCGAUUUCAUGAAAAUAGUAAAAAUUCGUCGAAGGGCUAACGGAUUGGGAGAGGAUGAAGUCGUCGCGGAGCUGGACUUGUUGCGUUCGCAGCGCAAUAAAUUGGAAUUGGAGGCAGUAUCUUCGAUAGAACCGCAGUACAUCAUCCGUGGAUACCUGAUGUCCCGUUUAAGUCCGUCACCUACACCCAGCUGUGGAACGAUAUUAUUUCAAGACGGAGCGCGGUGUCAGGCGCGAAAUAACACCGUGCGUCAGGUUGCAUAG